GUGACAAAGGGUGGAAGGGCGCUGUGCGGCAGAUCCAGCACUAGGCGGAAUCAAGCAUCAACUCUCCAGCAGGUCAUGGCCCCUCCAGCCUGCCACUGGGAGCUGGGUCGCCCGCCCCGCCCCGAGCAAGGUUUCGAUUUCUGCAUCAACCCAACCCGACCACACUGCACAGGAGAAUGGCGGCGAGCUGGACUGCCGAGGUGCCGGCGCCCGUUCAGCCCGACGGGGCGUGUGGCUGGCGCUGUCCGGAGCACAGCGAACGCCCGGCUGAGCUCUUCUGUCGCCGCUGCGGCCGUUGCGUGUGCGCGCUCUGCCCGGUUCUGGGUGCGCACCGCGGCCACCCGGUGGGCCUCGCCGAGGAGGAGGCUGCGCGCGUGCAGAAACAAAUCCAGGACUGUUUAGAGUGUUUGGCAACCAAGAAGAGGCAACACACUGACAACAUAGCCCAGCUGGAAGACGCCGGCGAAAGGCUCAAGGUCUAUGCAGACGAGAGUAAAGCCUGGCUGACACAGAAAUUCACAGAACUCCGGUUACUCCUUGAUGAGGAGGAAGUACUGGCGACAAAGUUCAUCGAGAAGAACACGCAGCUCACCCUCCAGGUGUACAGGGAGCAGGCUGAGUCUCAUAGGAAGCGAAUCGAGGUCAUGGAUGACUUCUCUAGCAGGGUGUGGGGCAUCAGCCAGGAGCCCAACCCUGUUCAGCUGCUGCAGGCAUAUGUAGCCACCAAGCCAGAGAUGGGACAGCAGAUGAGCCCCUCGGAGCUGAGCCACCCUGUGCCGCUGUCCUUCGAGCCUGUCAAGAACUUCUUUAAGGAGUUUGUGGACGCCAUCGGGAACACGCUCCAGAAACCGAUGGACAUUCGUCUAAAAGAAAAUGUAAACUGCCAACUUUCAAGCUCCUCCAGCACCAAGCCAGGCACCUUGUUGAAAACCAGCCCCUCACCAGAGAGAGCUCUCUUCUUGAAAUACGCGCGCACGCCUACGCUGGAUCCAGACACGAUGCACGCGCGCCUGCGCCUGUCGUCGGACGGGCUGACCGUACGCUGCGCGCUGUUGGGCCGCCUGGGGCCGCGUCCCGCGCCGCGGUUCGACGCGCUGCGUCAGGUGCUGGGCCGUGACGGCUUCGCAGCCGGACGCCACUACUGGGAGGUGGACGUGCAGGAGGCGGGCGUGGGCUGGUGGGUGGGCGCGGCCUACCCAUCGCUGCGGCGCCGCGGAGCUUCCGCCGCCGCGCGCCUGGGCUGCAACCGCGAGUCGUGGUGCGUGAAGCGUUACGACCUGGAGUACUGGGCCUUCCAUGACUGCCAGCGAAGCCGCCUGCGGCUCCACCGAGACCCCCACCGCCUCGGCAUCUUCCUGGACUAUGAAGCCGGCGUUCUGGCCUUCUACGACGUGGCGGGUGGCAUGAGCCACUUGCACACCUUCUACGCCACCUUCCAGGAGCCGCUCUACCCAGCCCUGAGACUCUGGGAAGGGGCCAUCACCAUCCCCCGGUUGCCCUAAGGGAGAUCGUGCUUCCUUUUCCUAGGCUAGUCCCCAGCUGUCCCCCGUGCCUCCUGCCCCCUCAACGAUGCCUUUAUAGUGCAUGUCCUGAAAGGGGCACCCCGCUGCCUGUGUCUAGAGCAGUGCCUAGAACCUCCCGGCACACAGUAGGCACACAGUAUCAGUGAAUGUCUCCCUGCAGGGGCAAGUAGUUCCUCAACAGUUGAGCCAGCUGCUCCCCAGCCACUUCAGCCUGUCCAGGUCACCUUGACCCAGAGCAUCCUCUUGCUUCUUCAUCUUCUACACUAAAACCAGGGUGAGUGUCCUGAAACUUAGCUUGGCCUCUUGGGAUUAGAGGGAGGCUCUCAAAGAGCUACAAAAACAACACAGGAAGCACUUUUCCUUGGCCUUUUUUAGCACUUUCCCCACGUCAGUCUUUUCAGACAUGCUCCAGUCAGAAGCUAGGUCAUAGUUGCACCUUUGAACCAUUGUUCGUCCCACUAUAAAUAGGAAAACCGGCUCUCUGCCUGCCUCAGUUCUCAGACUUAUCUGCCCCAAGAAGUUCCCUCCCACCCCCCAAAAACCAACCGAUUGGGCCUGCCAGUCCCUCCAUCCCACCCCCUCAAAAAACAAGUAGGCCUGUAAAUCUGGGACCUGUCAUUCCAGUUGCUUUCUAAGGACGUCUGUGUCCUUCCCUCCCAGGCACUUCCUGGGACGGCUAAUCACAGGAGAGAAAACAGUAUACUGAGAAUGGCUCAAAGGGCAGGACAUCCCAUCCCUAACGGGAGGUGCUACAUCCCCUUCACUCACAAGACCAGAGCCUUUCCCAGAGCAUGCAGGAGGGGCCAUGCCAGGCAUCUCUUACCGGGUGUUGUUACAGUCAUAUACUACAUACAAAGGUGGGAAGCGAUCCCAUUGUACACAGGGUGGGACUGGUACACGUGAUCAGGUGACUGCCCAAGGUAAGAGAAUCAGUGUUGUGGUCAGAACCUAUACUGCCCACCAGGCUGGGUUGUGGAUGUAGCAGCUCUUCUCCUUCAGUGUUAUUUGCCUCAGUUUUCCUUGGGUCGAACCUGCUUCUAGAUUACCUUCACUGGUCCCUGAAAUGAGGAUCCUUCAGGAUGAGGGACGAAAUUGUCUGAGAGGAUCUGAUUGGACUCAAUAUAAAACAGAAAGACUGGUUCUGAGCCGGGGUUUGUGCUAGCUGGAAGGCUUAGCUUCCUUCCUGUCAGCUGUGUGGCCUAAGGCAGCAUUCUGCUCAUGGUCCCCAUCUGUAAAACGUGACAGUGCCAGGAGGCUCAAACAAGCCAAAGCUAAGUUGCCUUAAAGACUAUAAUGUUGUAUCAGGCUAGGAUUUGUUAGCAUCUCCAACAGAUUCUUCCUACUUUGUCACAGUGCUGGACCACAGAUACCCAGCAGCUGGGUGGCAGCCAAGGGAGCUAACUGCCUUAAUAUUCUCAGGGCAGUCUCCCUAGCAUCCACGUUGUUGAAGGUACAAAGCAUGUGUCUUAAUGCUCUUGAUUUUGUAGAAUUUACCUCAGAGGUACACAAAUUAUUUUCCCCAGUGGUGCUUGGUCUAGAACCAGUGGCCUUACACAUGCUGAGCAAGGGCUCCGUUGAGCUAUACUCUAGUCCCAGCAGGUGUUUGUAAGAAAACGGCUUAGUCAAGGUCAGGAAGUGAAGGGCGGACACCUCUGUGACAACGGUUUUCUAAUACAUGCUGCUUUGUUUAAUAAAAUAGGAAUACUGCCCCUUGUAA